AUGUUCCCAAACCUCAACGCAUCGCUUGUGAUAUGGCUCCUUUUCGGAGUGGCUAUGAUCUAUGUAUUGCUUGUUCCCGGCAGGCGGGGACGGAAGCUGCCUCACGGGCCGUCGACAUUGCCCAUCAUCGGAAACUUGCAUCAGUUGCCGCAAAGUCAGCUCUAUCUCACAUUUGCGAACCUUGCCAAGAGGUAUGGCGAAAUGUACUCGCUCAAAAUUGGCUCAAUGACCUUCAUCGUUCUUUCGAGUCGUAAACUCGUUAAAGAAGUACUGGAGAGAAAGAGCGUCAUCAGCUCUGGUCGGAUGUACUCCUACGCAUUGGAGAAGCUGAUUUUCCAAGAACACUUCAUGACCAUACAGCAGUCAGACAACCCUAUGCUCCGUGUGGGUAGGAAACUGCUGCAUCAGUACUUUGGCGAUAGUGCCAUCGACAAAGGUCAUCUCGAAAUUCUGAACGCAGAAGCCACUCAGUUACUACGAGACCUCAUGAUCGAUCCGGAGAACUUCAGACACCAUUUCCAUAGAUACGGCAACAGCUUUGCAAUGAGUAAAACGUACGGCAUACGUACUCCAAGGCACGACACUCCUCACCUGAAGGCACUGAAUUAUAUCACCGCAGAGACUGCCGCCAUUAUUCUUCCGGGUGCACUUCCACCGGUCGACGUUUUUCCAAUCUUGAAGAUAGUACCGCAAAAAUGGUUUGGCAAUUGGAGAACCAGAUGUAUAGAACUCGGAAAGGCUAGCGAUAAGCUCAAUUCAUGGAUCCUUAACACGGUCAUCGAACGUCGUAAAACGGAGGGACCGAAGGAUACAUUUGCGGACAAACUCAUCGAAUAUGAUGAGUACAAGUUCACCUUCCAUGAGAUGAUGUAUCUCACAGCGACUGUCUUAGACGCAGGAACAGACACAACAGCAUCUGUCCUACUGGUGCUGGUUCAGAUGCUCUGUACUUAUCCAGACGUCCUCAAGAGGGCCCAUACUGAAAUUGACGCGGUAGUGGGCGAAGAUCGAACUCCACUUUGGACGGACUUUCCCAAAUUACAAAUCAUCAACCAGCUGAUGAAAGAGGCGCAUCGUAUACGUCCCGUCACACCAAUUGCGAUGCCUCAUAAGUUGAGUGAAGAAAUAUGGAUCGAAGGAAAGCUUCUACCCAAGGGCGCCAUCAUUGUUCCGAAUUUAUUUGGUCUACACCAAGACGUCGAAAAGUUUGCGGAUCCAGAAGUCUUCAACCCAGACAACUUCUCAAGUAAGACCAAGCUUGCGCAAGGUUAUGCAAACAUCGGCGACGAGAACAAUCGAGAUCAUUAUUCUUACGGCUUUGGACGCCGAAUCUGUUCAGGUAUGCAACUUGCUGAGAGGUCACUGUUUACAACCUUCUCUAAGAUGCUCUGGGCUUUCGAUAUCUCCCCUGAGCUUGACAGUCAAGGCCGCCCUAUACCAAUUGAUCUCAAUCCGAACACUGGAUACACGGAUGGGAGUAUCGUUGCACCUAAGCCUUUCAAGGCUCGUUUCAAGGUCCGAUCUGAAAGGAGACGUCAGACGAUCUUGCGAGAAUUUGCGGACGUGGAGGAGAAGGUGUUUUCCCGAUUCGCUGUGCCUGAUUUGACGAUGUCUUUUGAGAAGACUGCCUAA